UAUGACUACAAUUCCUGAUUCUAGUUGUUCAAAGUAUUUAUUAAUACAAUUAGUGUAAUUGAUUAUAAAGGAUUUAAUGUACAAAUAACAAAUUAUGGAAAAUCUGUCUUAAUAGUAAAAGGAAAUUAAGAAUUCAAAGUUAUAUUAAAUGAGUAAGAUGCCUCAAAAGUAACUAAUAUUGAAUAUUAUUUAGGAAAAUUAAUAGUAUAUCAAAAUUCAGCCUGAGGAUAUAAUUCAAGAUGAAUAAUCCAAAUUGAAUUAUGUAUGUGAUUCUAAAAAGAACAUAAAGACAAAGGUGUUAUGUUUCUAAAAACAAUAAGGUAUUGCUAUUAGAUGGAGUACCGGAUUACAAUCAACAUUUAUAUUUAAAAUUGAUGAAUGAAC